CCUAAAGUAAGUAAAAGAGAGACGCAUAUUUUUAGGUCUCUUCCUCUCUCAAGCUAAAGGAAAAUGACACAAAUCGAUUCUUCUUCUUCUUUUGUUUUGUUUUGUUUUGGAGACGGAUUCUUCUUGUUGUUUAGUGCUUUAAACACUGUAAUUAUAAUUAGGGUUUCAAUUUUGGGUUUUCGGAAGUUGGUGGUAUAGAAUUUGAUACUUCUCGGAACUGUUUGUGAUGGAGAUUGAGAAGAAUAAAGAAGAAAGUUCUGAUUUAUAUAAUAAUAAAGGGAAACAAAGAGAAGCAGAGAGCUCUUCUCCGGAAUCAGUAGUGGCGGUGAAUCUUAGAAUUCAGUCUUUUUCAUCUAAUUCUUCUCUCGAAAUUUCCUCUUCAAAUGUUGAUGGUGAUCAUAAAAGUGUUGACGAUGUUGCAUUCGAAGGAAGUGAAAUUGUUGGUGAAUUGUUAGGGUGUAAAGGUGAAAAUAAGAUGUAUGUUUCGAAGAACUCGAGUGAAUUUGGUACUUCUUCAGGGGCUGCUGACAAAGGCUUGUCUAGAUCGAGCACUUUGCCUGGGGAAACAUCAAAUUCUGACAAAAUAGACUUGACUUUGGAUAAACUCAAGUUGGAAAGAUCAAAAUCAGAGAAGCGCAGACUGAGUAAUAAAUUUGGUGAACAAGCAGCACAAAUAUUCGAUGCCAAGAUUUCUCCACGCAAGAAGCUCAAAAUGUUGAACCGAAUAGCGACUGUGAAAGAUGACGGAACUAUAGAAUUUGAAGUCCCCGUGGAUGUGAAACCUGGAGGUUUUGAUUUUGGAACAGAUGAUGUUUACAGUGAAGUUGUUGAGGAAGAACCAGUUGACUCAGACCUUCAAUAUAUACCACCACUACAAAUAGUAAUGCUUAUUGUUGGUACACGAGGAGAUGUACAGCCAUUUAUUGCCAUUGGAAAACGCCUACAGGACUACGGGCAUCGAGUUAGACUAGCAACUCAUGCAAACUUCAAGGAAUUUGUUCUAACAGCUGGGCUCGAAUUUUUUCCUUUAGGCGGGGAUCCAAAAGUUCUUGCUGAAUAUAUGGUCAAGAACAAAGGCUUCUUACCAUCUGGUCCAUCUGAAAUACCCAUCCAACGGAAGCAAAUAAAGGAAAUUAUAUUCUCAUUACUGCCAGCAUGCAGAGAUCCUGAUGUCGAUUCUGGUAUUCCUUUCAAAGCUGAGGCUAUAAUUGCCAAUCCACCUGCAUAUGGGCAUACGCACGUGGCAGAAGCUCUAAAUGUGCCGGUUCACAUAUUUUUCACAAUGCCGUGGACGCCAACUAGUGAAUUUCCACAUCCGCUAUCCCGUGUAAAGCAACAGGCAGGAUAUAGACUAUCAUACCAAAUUGUGGAUUCAAUGAUUUGGCUGGGAAUCCGAGAUAUGAUAAAUGAUUUUAGGAAGAAGAAACUAAAGUUACGUCCUGUGACAUACUUGAGUGGUGCUCAAGGGUUGGCAUGUGAUGUGCCUUAUGGAUAUAUUUGGAGUCCUCACCUUGUUCCAAAGCCAAAAGAUUGGGGACCUAGAGUUGAUGUUGUUGGUUUCUGCUUCCUCGACCUUGCAUCAAAUUAUGUGCCUCCAAAGCCACUUCAGGAUUGGCUUGAAGCUGGUAAAAAGCCUAUCUACAUCGGAUUUGGCAGCCUCCCUGUGCAAGAACCAGAGAAAAUGACUCAGAUCAUUGUGGAGGCACUGGAAACCACUGGUAACAGAGGCAUCAUUAACAAAGGGUGGGGUGGUCUUGGGAACAUGGCGGAACCCAAGGACUUCGUAUAUCUACUGGAUAACUGCCCUCAUGACUGGUUGUUUUUACGAUGCAUGGCUGUGGUUCAUCAUGGGGGUGCUGGAACAACAGCUGCUGGCCUUAAAGCUGCGUGCCCGACUACCAUUGUACCCUUCUUUGGAGAUCAACCUUUCUGGGGUGAGAGAGUUCAUGCAAGAGGAGUAGGUCCAGCUCCCCUUCCAGUUGAUCAAUUUUCACUGCAGAAGUUAAUCAAUGCAAUUAACUUCAUGCUUGACCCCAAGGUGAAGGAGCGUGCAGUUGAGUUGGCAGAAGCAAUGCAAGCCGAGGAUGGAGUAACAGGAGCUGUGAAAGCCUUCUUCAAGCAGCUUCCGCGUUACAAAACUCAGCCAGAUCAAUCUCCAUUGCCUUCAGGAUUCUUGGAACCUUGUUUGAGCACUGUAUCACCGGGGCCUAUCUUUGGUUUUUUCCUUUUCUUUUUGCGUCACACCUAUGGUCCACAGCCGUCCGGGCCGCUAAUAUCCCUCGGUGAUCUUGAAUGUUUACCGUCACAUCAACUCGGUGACCGAUCUUUGCUUCGAUUCCUUUGUAGAAAGCUUGAGCACUGAUUAACUUCCGGUUACAGGAUGGGAAGUCAGGCCCCGUCUCGCAAUUUCCUUUCCAUCGUGUUGGUACAGAAGGUAAACCCAAGUCAUUGAAACUUUGAUGCUCCGGCCAGAUACCACCAUCAAAAACACCGAUGAUAACGUUAUCGCCGUAGUUUGAAUUCAACCUCUUUGAUUGAUUUUUGUGGUACGAUUUGUUUUCGGUCACAAUAAAAAAUCCAAAUGUUCGAAGA